CGUUCAGUAUAGCAGCAACUGUAUAACCCAUUUAACUGAUUUUAGGUAUAUCGCCAUCGUAUAUCCGAUACAUGCCCGGCGGUUAUGUUCAGUAAAAAAUAUGAUUGUUGCUGUUAUUUUCAUGUGGAUAUGUGUCUUUUUGAUACCACUUCCAAAUGCAAUUUAUAAUCGAAUAGAAGCAACCAAAGAACAUGAAGGUAUAAGGUUGAUGGCAUGUUCAAAUCGUUCAAUACAAUCAACAUUUUGGUACAUCUAUAAAUGGGUGGAAUUUCUUAGCUUUUAUUUAAUACCAUGUAUCAUCAUUGUUGCACUGUAUUGUCGAAUAUCCCGAGUUUUAUGGUCAAAAAAUGAUCAUUUACAGGAAGGUAAAAUAGAUUUAUUAUUAUUUUUUUCAACACUGACAUGCAGUGCAUGUAAUCCGCUACUGUAUACGCUAUUUUCAAAAAAAUUUCGUAGCAAAAUUUUUGGCCUACUGGCGUGCAGGAAACAAGAAUCUAGGCGAGUCCGAAGCGAUAUAACAAAUUCGACAAUCCGAAUUCGUGUUACAGCAAUGAAUGAAAAGGAACGGUUUUUAAACAAUGGUACAAAAGCCAGUCGAUGA